CCGGGGCUCAGGCAGCGCAAAGGACCAGGAGCCUGUCAGCGCGAGCCGCUAGGCGCAGGGGCCACGGCGCGCGCCGGUCCCGCCCCGCCCCCGCGGGCGCCCAGCGCUGCACGGCGGGCCUGCGUGUCCUCGCGCCGACCCCUCCCUCGCGCGCCUCUCCCGGCGCACGCGCGCGGCCUCGCGCAGGGCGGAGAGAGGCGGCGGCCGCGGCGCCGGGCCCCGAGCCUGUCGGACCCGGGAGCUGGUCUCGAGCGGCUGGCGCGGCAGGCGCGAGCACGGCCCCGCUCGGAACCGCGCGAGCCGGCCCCGCGGAGCCGGCCGGGGGCGGGGAGAUGAGCAGCGGCCCCGCGGCGGCGCCCCAGGAUGGGGAGGUACGCGCGGCACUGCCCUCGGGAACCGGCGCGCCCGUGAAGUAGGGGCUGCCGGCCGGCCGCCUGCACCCAGCCGUUCCGCUCAGCCUCUGCCAUGGCCGGCUCCGGCGCGUGGAAGCGCCUCAAAUCUCUGCUGAGGAAGGACGACGCGCCGCUGUUCUUAAAUGACACCAGCGCCUUUGACUUCUCGGACGAGGUGGGCGACCAGGGGCUUUCUCGGUUUAAUAAACUUCGCGUGGUGGUGGCCGACGAUGACUCCGAAGCCCCAGAAAGGCCUAUCAAUGGGGCGCACCCGGCCCUCCAGGCCGACGAUGAUUCCUUAUUGGACCAGGACUUACCUUUGACCAACAGUCAGCUGAGUUUGAAGGUGGACCCCUGUGACAACUGCAGCAAACGGAGAGAGUUACUGAAGCAGAGAAAGGUGAAAAUCAGGUUGACCAUUGCCGCCGUCCUUUACUUGCUUUUCAUGAUUGGAGAACUUGUAGGUGGAUACAUUGCUAAUAGCCUAGCAAUUAUGACAGAUGCGCUACAUAUGUUAACUGAUCUAAGUGCCAUCAUACUUACCCUGCUUGCUUUGUGGCUCUCUUCAAAGUCACCAACCAGAAGAUUCACCUUUGGGUUUCAUCGCUUAGAGGUUUUGUCAGCUAUGAUUAGUGUGCUGUUGGUAUAUGUACUUAUGGGAUUCCUCUUAUAUGAAGCUGUGCAAAGAACUAUCCAUAUGAACUAUGAAAUAAAUGGAGAUAUAAUGCUCAUCACUGCUGCUGUUGGAGUUGCAAUUAAUAUAAUAAUGGGGUUUCUGUUGAACCAGUCUGGUCACCAUCACUCCCAUUCCCACUCCCUGCCUUCAAAUUCUCCUACCACAGGUUCUGGAGGACAUAGCCAUGGGCAGGAUAGCCUGGCAGUGAGAGCUGCAUUUGUACACGCCUUGGGGGAUUUGGUACAGAGUGUUGGUGUGCUAAUAGCUGCAUACAUCAUACGAUUCAAGCCAGAAUACAAGAUUGCUGAUCCCAUCUGUACAUAUGUAUUUUCAUUACUUGUGGCUUUCACAACAUUUCGCAUCAUCUGGGACACAGUAGUUAUAAUACUGGAAGGGGUACCAAGCCAUUUGAACGUAGAUUAUAUCAAAGAAGCCUUGAUGAAAAUAGAAGAUGUAUAUUCUGUGGAAGAUUUGAAUAUCUGGUCUCUGACUUCAGGAAAAUCCACUGCCAUAGUUCACAUGCAGCUAAUUCCUGGAAGUUCAUCUAAAUGGGAGGAAGUACAAUCCAAAGCAAAGCAUUUAUUAUUGAACACAUUUGGCAUGUAUAAAUGUACUAUUCAGCUUCAGAGUUACAGACAAGAAAUGAACAGAACUUGUGCAGAUUGUCAGAAUUCCAGUCCCUGAUUUUAUGUGUUUUGAGGUUUACUGCCUUAUUUAUCCUGCAGUCACAGACUUGAGAGCAAUAAAUGCAAACCUAAAUGAGAAAAUGGAAUCCCUGACAGCUGUGUCCCUAUCAAGCACCAGUCUCUCAAAACAAUCACUCCAGCCUGACAAUACGAGUCUCUGUUUAAUGGUACAGUGAGACUUCAUCAUGAUUUUAGGAUGAAGAUGUUUCCAAUAUACUGUUUACAGAAUGAGAUGUAACUCUACAGAUACCUCAUAGAAGACAAUCCAAGACCAUACUUCAUUAAUUUGACAGAGUACAUGUCUUAAAGGAAGCAUCAAAAUCAGUAUUUGCAUUUAAAAAUACUUUUUAAAGGCCACUUUAUAUCAAACCAGUGCUAGCAAACUUAAGUUGUUGUUUUGUUUGUUUUGUUUUUUAUUAUGUAAUCUUGACAUCCAGCUUCUGGAAUUGCUGCUCUGUUUUUACAGAAAUUAUUUCUCAACAGAUUUCAGAAAGUACUAAUAAUUGUCCAGAAUGGAAUAAGCAUGUAUUCCUAAGUGUUUCAGAAAUGUUUUAUUUCACAAAUAAGUCUUAAUAUUAUUGUUAUACUUUAUAAACAACUUUUUCCAGAUAUUACCAGGUUUUGAAUCUCAAAGUUAACUUUUUUUGAUUAUUUGUAAUCUUAUUAGAACCAAAUCUUUACAUAUUGUGAUCACUGUCAUUAAAUUAUUUAGGAAAUAUUUUCAGUAGAAUUCUGAAUGGCUGAAAUUAGUCUUAAACUCAGAUUACCAUAUGAUUAUUUAAAACAAAGAAGUAAGGAUGGGGUGUGGAGUUUCAGAUUUAUGUCUUCCCAAAUCACUUUUAUUGUUUAUAGACUUGACUUAAGAACAGCAAGAGACUGCAAAAUCUAAGUAAUGAUUCUCUGCCUCUUUAAGGACUGCCAACAUUUUUGUACAGUUUUCUUGGUAGCUUGGUUCCUGCCCGCAUUCUAGGUUAUAUGUACUGUCCUUUCAGGGUAGCUCUAGAGGGCUAACAUUCAGUUUGUGAUACCCACAGUGUAAAUUAACUACUACUCCAGAGAGACUAUCUGGUUUAUGACAGAGAUUAAAGAUUCUCCAUGGAAUCCAGAAAUUCCAAGAUAUAAUUUUGAGGUUUUCUAAUAAUACCAUACUAGAAAGGUCCAGAGGGUUUGAGAGGAAAUACUACUUUAAGAAAACCUUAUGUGUGUCUGUGUUUGUUAAAGCACUGGGAUAGGGAUGGACACUGAAUUUGUGUUGUAAGGAGACUGCAUAAACGUUUCCAAACUGAAGGCAAUGUAAUUGGCAACAGAUGUAUUAAAGUGGCAACUGUGAAUAUUCAUGUUUCAUUUUGUAGCCAUUGGUUUUGAGAUUAUGCACGUUAGGAGUCAUUUUUCAACAGGGACACUUCCUUAUAUUAAGAAUGAUUGUGGUUCUUGGCUUCCCAGAAAAUCAAAGUAAAGUAGCAACAUACUAAGCAAGUUGUGAAGUGAAAUUUUAAAUAGGUAUACAAGUGACAUAAUAUAAAUGAAGAACAGGAAAUAGUUUCAUCUUCAUAUCAAGUACCUUACCUAUAUGUAAACCUAAAAUAAAAAAACCUGUAUUUACCUAAAAGUUUUUUGGGAAUUGAUAAAUUCCCAGAAAUUUGAUCAUAAAAGGGUUGAUGAUACCUAAUAAAACUCAGUAGGUCUUGUUGAAUUGAAUUGUUAUUGUGAACCCACUUAUUAAAAUUAUUUGAGCUUCAAAAAUUUCAGAAGAAUAUAAACUUUAAAUCAAAAUACUCUCAUAUAUAGAAAUAAGAAUAAAUGAGAGGCAUUUCAGGGACACCUAGGCAUUUAUGAGCUUUGGGUAUCUAGAAGAAAAAAAAUACACAUUAUAUGUUAAUAAUUUCCCCAAAUCUACUGAGCUUGCUUUUUGUAAAUAUUCCUUUAUCUUAUAUGGCUUUUCAUAUCAGUCUGUUCCUUAAAACAUUAUUUUAUAAAACAGUCUAAAAAAUCCAUUUGAGGACUGAAAAAGGAUCCUUUUGUAAAAUGCAAAAACACUGUAAACUUUUGUAAGUUUUAAUUACUGUGUUUUGCUUAAAGUAAGGUACACAUAAGGUUUCCUGUGCUUUGUCUUUGUAGCAAGAACUACAGACUUUGUAUUUGUACUUUACUGGGUCUACAAGAUUUGAGAAUUGAUAGAUUUCAAUUUUGUAAGCCGACAACACCCACAGAAAAAGAUAUUAACUUAGUUGUUGCGACCAGGGACUGCACAGCUUCUAACAAAGAGCUUUGGUUUUGGUCUCUCUUUCACCUGUUGGGCUACAGCCACAGGGUAGUUAUGCUUCUCAGCUGAAACACGGGCUGAGUUGAACAGACAUGUAGGAUUAGGAAUUUUGCACUGGGAAAAUAGAUUACAAUGGGACAACAAUCACGACAUAACAACUUGGCAGUUCUUCAGAGUUACAUGUUCUAAUUAAUAUUUGCAAAUAAUUUGAGUUAACUUGUGUAUGUUAACAUCUAUUCCACAACUCUGGCCAGAUACAGCCCUUUGAUUUUGGGAAAAGACCUUUUGUUUCUCUACUGAUUUUGCUGCUUUAAGAAAUAUAAUGGGAGUGCAGUUGAAGAAGUCAUAUUUCAGAGGACUUUGAUAUGCAGAACUAGAAGCUGUUUUAAUUCCUACAUGUAUUUCCAUUAGCGAUACCUUAUAUAAUGUGAGCACAGAUUUUUCAUAACUAUAGCUCCUGUCAGUAUUGUUUGCCAAAUCACUGGAUUUCUUAUUUUACUGAUUUCAACUUUGGGUGCUUUAUUUCCAUUCUCCACAACUGAGUUUCCCACUCUGAUGAGUCUCAGUGUUCUGUCUCUUGAACCCAGGUGUCCCAGGCGACAGUAUCUGUCUUUAUUAGAAUCUUCUCAGAUAUGGUCAAGAUCUGAUACUUGAGCUUCUCUCUCAUUAUAAUGUGAGGAAAAACAUUUUUCAGAGACAAGGUACUACUUAGAAAUGUGUUUCCAGGUGAGAAAGAAUCUUUUGUUAGUAGCCGAUUUUUACUGAGUAAGUGUUAGUGGACAGACUACACCAUGCAAUCACCUGUGAAGAUAAUUGCCAACAAGACUCUGGGUUGUGUUUCUCAACCACCCACUUAAAAUUUUCAGAGAUAAUCAUUUGAUUCUGAAACAAGCACAAUUCAGCUAAACUUGUUUUCUUUUUAUGCAUUUAUGUUAGUUCAUCAUAAUGAAUGAGAUGUUCUUUCAGAAUUGAACCCCUUUGAAAUAAAGUUUUAGGCAAUUUGUUCUUGACUACCUUAUAUAUAGUAAACUUAAAAGUUACAGGAUGUGUCCCUAGGUAUAAGAUUAGCUCAUUUGGUUCAGUUUGUCUUUGAACCAAACAUAGUCAUAAAUGAAUUGCGACAGCUCACUAUGUGCUGCAUGAAGGGAACGCGAUAACUGAUGAAGCUUAAUCUCACUAUAGCCAAAAUACUGUCUUCAGACCCUAACUCCAGAUUUACCAUGUGAAUUCUGUCAAGCCAGAGCAUCAGAUUUGAUUUAUAGAUUGCCAAUCAGGUAUAUUUUUUGUUGUUAGUGGGAGCAUGAAAAUUAGAAGAAAUUAUAUGGGGUUUUUCAGUGUUGAAUUAUGUGAGUGCACUUAGGCCAGCAGUCAUUGAAUUCUCACCUACCUACAUUUUAACUGCUCUUCCAAUCACAUUGUGAGGACCAACAAACAUUUUCUAAUUUUUUUUAAGAUUAUAAUACAUUUAUGGAGACUUUCCCAGUCUAUGACAGUGUCCAUUUAAAUAGUGCAAUUCAGAAUAUUCUGAAAUACAACAAAAUUGAAAUGUGCCAGUAUGUCAGCUUUCCACCUGAAAGAUACUGUACAUUUAGAAAGUUUAUGCUUCUCAAAUAAAUAUGUUAUUUAAUAAGCCAUAUCACAUUUUAAGAAAUUGUAUAUACUUUUCCAUAUGCCCCUUCAGAAACCAGGUAUUUUGCAUAUGAUUGAUUUUAGAAAGAUUUUGAAGCUGGGGUUUAUUCAUGUAAUUAAGAUCUAAGUAUAUGUAUAUGUACUGUAUUUGCAAUUUUCAAAUUGGAAUUUCCUAUACAUUUAUUAAAUAAAGUGUUGUUUUGCCAUGUGGUUUAUUAAAAACUGAAAAUAUCCAGUCCCUUAAAUUUUUGUUCUUUUCAUUGAUUAAGUAAUAUUUGUAGACUUUAAAACAUAUUCUUUAAAGCAAAAGCAUUGGAAAAUAGAUUAUAUUUUAUCUAAUUUUAUAGUCUCAGAGUGUAGUGCCCUCUUAAAUGUUUAAGAAAUAAACCCCCAAAAAAAUCUUCCAGAGGAUAAAAUGGACAUUAAAAGAACCUUUUGCUUGGUGUUAGUCACUCAUAAUGCCCUUCCAAUCCCAGAAACUUUGGCAGAAAGGAAGAACAAAAGCCACUGUGAAAAUCAGAUUGGUGCGGGCCUUUUGAGAAGUCUGAGCAGAGAAGCCUGAUGACGCCAACAGUGUGGUGGGGUGAGCAAACUCCCUCAGAAGCCAAGUCUUGUAUUCACAGGCUUAUGCAGCCUGUGACCCAAAAGCUAAAAAUGGUUUUUAUAUUUUUAAAUUUUUUUUAAAUGUGGAGUAAUAUGAUGUGAAAAUUAUGUGAACUUUAAAUAAAUGACUUUAAGUAAUAAGUAUCAUUGGGACACAGCAUACUUGU